AUGGCACUGAUUUGGGGGCUGGCCAUACCUCCUCCGUCAUGUGUCAGCCUUCUACUACUAUUUGGUUUCCUCGUUUGGGGGCUUUGGCUGCUCUUCUCUGGGAGACAGAGCAGGGAGCAGGUGGCAGCCAAGAGAGCCUCAGAGACUUCAAAGCAGCAUACAUUGAAAAAGAUCCAGAAACUCACAGGUCAGAAAGAUCCUAUCCUUUAUUCUUCAGCUCAAGCUUCCCAGUGGGAAGAAAAUCUUAGGAUGAGCUGCUCUGAAGCUAAUCAGACACAUUUUUCAAGUCUCCCUAUGGGAUGGGCCCAGGAGUAUGUACUCUGGUCAAUGGACAGAAGUCUUCAACAGAUCUUCCAACAUCUGGAAUGUGCAAGAUCAACUCUUACAGAAUUCUGUUUGCCUGAAUCACAGGAUACGAUUUCUUCCUCCUCCUCCUCCUCUGUGCUUGUGGCUCAGGAGCCUGUUCUACCCCAUUGUGGCUGUAAGAAGGCAAAACAUUCUACUAAGGACAGCAGCUCCUCCGGAUCAUUAUGCAACAACUCCAGCCUGUCCCACCUUCCCGUCUUUUCUAAAGGAACAACCCGGCAACUCCGGAGCCAUAGUUUACCUGUUUUACCCAAAAACCAGUCUUCCAUGUUCAGGAACCAAGGCACAGCCCUGCCUCCUUUUCAGCUCUCAGAGUUUGGGAAAUCAAAACUUUUACAGAAUUUGGCAGCUCUUUCACCCUUAAGAUCCCAAAACUCUUUUAUCAACUCUGUGUUUGAAUCCCCAGAUCUCUGCCAACAAGAAAAAACAAAGAAUGGGGGAAAAAUCAAGAGUCAUUUGACAUUGGAUCAUGGGCCAGAUUUUAUUUUCACCAAGGCAAGACCACGAUUCUCAGGGUGGGCUCCAAUCCAGCUCUCUCCUUUGGUUAGGUGGGAGUUAGAGGGACAUAUGGCUUGGAAGGUUUAUACUUUGAGGGAACAAACAGUGCCUCUGCCUGUAAGGGAGUCAUGGGCAAUGCUGAAUUAUUUAAUUGAGGCACAAGGAGGAGUUCCCGAACCACAGAAACCUCAAAUCCAGGUAUCUAUGCCCAUUCAUCAAAGCACUGAACAAAGUCUCUACAAUAAAUUUCCAAACUGUCCAUCAUUCCAGCUCCAUGUGAAUAUUGGAAUGGAAUCUGGAUUAAAUCGAACAGAAACAGAAAUUUCACAGUCACUUAUCCCAGGUAAGCAGUCACAACUUGGGGAUGGCCCGCAAAUCCUUGAAUUCAGGCCCAUAGUUACAUCAUUGGGCACUCCGCUUCCCAAAAGAUUAGGAGCUGACGUAAUUCCAGAGAAAACCACUGGACUGCAGAAGGAGCCAAAACAUGUUCUAGAAUUUAAUAUAGAACAGAGGGUCAUGGGUCUUCUGGAAAAAAGGAUUCAGCAGCCUAAGUCCCACAUGACUCAUGUGCAAUUGACCUCAAGGCUACCAGGUCAAGUUACAGAGAGCAUAAAGGUAACUCCUUUAGCAUUACUUCAAGUCAUGGCUUCAAUGGGGAUGAUCCCAGAAUCACAUUCAGAAGUGAUCGAAUCUGUGGGUUUGUUCCCACAGCCACCAGACAAAGUUGGGAAACCAAUGGAAACCACAAAAAAAGUGAGUGUAAGCACUAAACCAUCAUAUCAAGUCACUAAACCAGUGGAGGUAACACCAAGUGCUCAGCAUCAAGUUAUGGAAUGCAAGAUGACCUCCAGACCCCUGAAUCAAGUCACAGAUAAUGUGAUGGUAACUCCUACAGCAUUGCUUCAAGUCAUGGAUUCUAUGGGGAUGAUUAAUGAGUCACAUCUACAUAUUGUAAAACCAGUGGGAAUAACCCCAAGAACACCAUUUCAAGCCAUGAAAUCAGGGGAAAUAACCCCAUCGUUGGACCAUAAAGUCACACCAUCAGGAAAGAUGCAUCCAAAGGCACAAUACACAGUUGUGGAAACUGUGGCAACAACUUUUGGGCCACAUCCUGAAGUUACUGAAUCAGUGAAUAUAACCUCAAAGUCACAAAGUCAAAUCACAGGACCACUGAAGAUUCCUCCAGGGCCAAUAUGUCAAAAUACAAGAUCACUGGAAAUGAUCUCCAGUCCAUUGCAUCAAGAUACUGAUUACACAAGAGUUACUCCAGUGGCAUUAUUACAAGCUAGGGAUUUCGUAGGAAUAAUUCCACCAGUACUGCCACAUGUUAUAGAAUCUGGGGAUUCACAGUCUGCCCCAGGAGCAGCUCAACGAGUUGGUUGGACAUCUUCUAGCUCUCCUCCUACUAUUGGUCCGCCUGGAGUUGUAGGAUCUGUGGGUUUACCUCCAAAGCCACCACUUAAAGUCACAGAAUCAGUAGGGAUGAUUCCAAUGUCAUCACAUCAAUCCAUACAUUCUUUAAAGGUAACUCCAGUAGCACUGGGGUCAUCCAUGGGAAUGAUCAUAUCACCACAAUCACAAGUUGCGGAAACUCGGGAUUUGACCUCAAGGCCAGUAUCUCAAGUCAGGAAACCUCUGGAGUUGACUCCCGGGUCAUGGAUUCAAGUGCAAGACUCUGUGGAGUUGACUCCACAACCAUAUGUUCAAGGCACAAAAACUAGAGCAUUAACCCCACGGCUACCUCAUCAAGUCAUGGAAUCUCCAAGUUUGACCCCAUGGCAUCAGAUCUUAGAAUCUUCAGAGAUGAGUCCAAGGCAAAGCCAUCAAAUGAUGGAAACUAUGGGGUCGGGAACUACUGGGAUGAUGCCCAGGCCGUAUUUUCAGAAAUUUUCAGAGAUGACUCCGGGGCCAGGCCAUCAAGACACAGAAACUGCACAGCUCUUUUCUGGGGAUUUUCUCCAAGUGGCAUUAACACCAAAACCAACAGGUCGAGUUACAGAAUCUACAGAAAUGACUCUAAAGCCACACCUUCAAGUUACUGAGCCUUCAGAGAUACCCCUAAGGUCAGAAUAUGAAAACACAGAACCUUUUGUGUUGGCAUUGUCUCAAAUUGAACAUAUCCAGGAGAUGAUGCCAGUACCACCAUAUUCAGUAAAAGGAUCCCUGGAAUUGACUUUAGGACCACGAAUGCAAUAUGAGAAAUCAGAGCCACUGAUGCAAAAUUUGAAAUCUGUGAAGUUAACCCCUGAGUCACCCCCAGAAGUGGUGGGACCUAAACAAUUUAUCACAGGACCAAAACGACAUGUUCCGGAGUUGACCCCAGAGCCACAGUUCCAGGGAGUAAAGUCUAUGCCACUGCAUCCAGAGCCACAAUUACAAGAUGUGGAAUAUGUUAACUUAAUCCAACAGCCAGCUACUACUGGAAUGAUAGAAUCUGAGAAGCUGGUACAAGAGCCAAUACUACAACGUAUAAUGUCAGAGGAAUUUACUAAGGGGGCACGGCAUCAGGGUGUGAAAUUGAUCCCAGGGCCACAUUUGCGAAGUGUCCGAUUUUCAAAUUUACCUCCAGGACCACUUCUUCAAGGAGAAAAACCUGUAGAUUUCAUCUCAGGGGCCCCACAUCAUAGUGUGAAAUCUGAUGCACUGACCCCACAUUCCCCAGUGCAAGAAAUCAGAUUGUCAGAUUUUACCCCAGGGCCAAAGCAUCAAAGUGUUACGUCUGUACAACUGUCUCCUGAACCAGAAACUCAGUGUAUGAAAUCUGUGGAACAAAACUCAGGACCACGCUUGCAAGAUGUCAGAUUUUCUGAUUUGACCUUAGAACCAAAGCAUCAAGGUUUGAAACAUGUGCAAUGUAUACUGGGAACACAGGUUCAAGAUGUACAAUCCUUAGGAUUUGUAACAGAAUUGCCUUUGCCAUUAAGCCAAGGGCUCUUGAGUGAAAAUGUGAAAACUCUUCCGUCUAUUGAAGGAUCCCAGUUUCACAGCAUGCAGUCUAUGAAAUUGACCUCAGAACUACAGUUUCAAGGUGUGAAGUCUCAGGAACUGAACCUAGGGCCAAGGCAGCAAGAUGUCAAAUUUUCUGAAUUGACCUCAGGGCCAAAACUUCAAGGUGUCAGAUUUGGGAAGCAGACUCCAGGAUCAGUGUUUAAUGGUGGAAAUUCUAUAGAGAUGACUCCAGAAUUAGCAUUUCAAGAUUCUAAAUUAGCAAAGAUGUCUCCAGGGCUUCAAGAUAUAAAACAGGUGGGGCUUACCCCAGGGCCACGGUUACAAGAUGUCAAAUUUGGUGAUCUGACAUCAGGAACUCAACCUCAAGGUGUGAAAUCUUCAGAGUUAAACUCAGGGCCACAACAACAAUAUGAGAAAUUUUUUGAGUUGACCCCAAACCCAAAGAUGCAGGGAGUAAGAUCUGUGGGGUUGUCCCCAGGACCUCAAAAGCAAGUGGUCAAGCCUGAUAGGCUAGUACCAGAGACACUGUUUCAAGGUGUAAAAAAUUUAGGGAUGGACCAAAUGUCCAACUUGGAAGGUAACAUUUCUUAUAGAAUUGUCUCCCAGCCAGAGAAACCAGAUGAAAAAUCUAUGGGGUUGACUCCUGAGUCACAGUUGCCAAGUGUAAACUAUUCUGAGUUGGCUAGAAGAACACAGUUACAAGGUAUAAAAUCUUCUGAAUUGAUCCAAGGGCCAAGUGUGGGGGGUAUGAAACCAAUGGAGCUGACCCCAGACUCAAAACUUCAAGGUGUAAAAUCUGAGUUGUUGACCUCGGAGCUGAAAGAUGUGAAAUCUGUGGUCUUAACUACAGGACAGGGUCUAAAAGGUACGGAAUCUACUUUGCUAACCCCUAGUCCAGAGCUGGAAGGUGAGAAAUCUAUGGAGAUAACCACAGUACCACGGAUAGAAAAUGCCGAACCUGUGAAAAGCACCCAAGAUACCAAGCUUCAAGGUACAACUUCUGACUUGAUUCUGCAUGCAAGAACUCAAGACUCCAAAGCUGUGGAGUUGGUCCAAAGAGCCCAACAACAAGAUGUGCAAACUGUGGAAUUGAAAUUUGAGCCCAAGAUGGAAGGUGAGAAAGCUGUGCCUUUUGCACCAGGGCCAUUGCUCCAAGGGUCUGAACUGCAAGGUGUGAAACCCAAGGAACUGACUUUAGAGCCACAAACCCAAGAUAGUAAAUUUGUCGACAGUACCCCAUGUUUAAAGCAUCAAAGUUUACAAUCUGUAGCGGAAACUCCAGAUCCAAAGCUGCAAUGUGUAAAAUCUGUAAAGUUGACCCCAAGGCUAAACAAGCAGGAAGUAAAUUCUGUGAAAGUGACCAGAAGAUCAAAGUUUCAAGGAGUAGAAACUGUGGAUUUAGCCCCAAAGCAACAGUUUCAAGAGACGGCACUCAUGAAUUUAACAUCUGGGCCAGAACAGGAUGGCAUGCUAUCUGUAAUCUCACCUAAGCAGCAAUGUGUGAAUUCAGAGCAGUUGAAGAGAGGGGCUAAGUCGGACGAUGGACUGUCUUUGGAGUCAACUCCAGAGCUAAAAUUUAAAGGUAAAAAAUUAGCAGACCUCAAUUUUGAGUUACAGUUUGAAAGUAUGAAAUCAGACUUGACUCCAGAAUCAAAUAUUCAAGGUUUAAAACCUAAAGAAUUCAAACCUGAACCACUUGAACCACAUUUGCAAAGCAUAAAGUCUCCUAAGUUGACCCCAGGGGCACCACUGCACCAGAUUGAAGGCUCAGAGUUAGCUUCAGAGCCACAGCUUUGUGUAAAAACCGUUGAGUUGAAACAAGAGCCACUACUUGAAAGUAUGAGACGCAUUCAGUGGAUACCAGGACCUAAGUUCCAAGCUGUGAAAUCUGUAGAGUUGAAUCUCAGGUCACAGUCUCAAGGUGUUAAAUCUAUAGGGUUGAAAUCUUCGACACAGUUAAGAGAUGUGAAGUCAUUUGAAUUGACUCUUGGGUCCAAAACUCAAGGUGCGAUAUAUACAGAGUUCAACCUUGGGCCACGGUUGCAGAACAUGAAAACCCCUGGGGUGCUCCCAGGAACACAGCUGCAAAAAGGGAAGGUUUUGGCAUCAACCUCAGAGCCACAGCUUCAAGAUGUAAAAACUACUGAGUUCAAAAAAGAGCCACAGCUGGAAAGAAUGAGGUGUAUCCAGUGGAUACCAGGACCUGAUUUCCAAGGUGUGAAGUCUAUAGGGUUACAGUCUCAAGGUGUCAAGUCUCUAGGGUUGAAACCUUUGAUACAGUUCAGAGAUAGAAAGUCAUCUGCAUUAACUCCAAGGCCAAAGCUCCAAGAUACACAAACUUCAGCAUCACUCCAGGAACAUAAGCUUCAAGACUGUGAUUUGAAACCUUGUCUACUGGUUAGAAGUGUGAAAUCAUGUGAGCUGUCUUCAAGGUCAAAGCUCUGUGAUAUAAAAUUUAUGCCACUGAAAUCUAGGCUUUGCAUGCAUGAUAGGAAACCUACUAAAUUGACUGCAAAACCAAAGCUUCAAGAAGUGAUACCCUUACAGUCAUCCCCAGGAGCACAGCUUCAGGGUGUGAAGUCUCUGGUACUUGUGGAAGAUCCACAGCUUCCUGGUGUGAAAUCUGAGGUAUUAAGCCAAGGGUCACAAUUACGAAGCAAUACAACUAGAGAAUUGAACUCCCCACUACACUUGACAAGCACGAAGUCAUCUGAAUUGACUCUUCAGACAAAGCCUCAAGGUGUGAAAUCUGAGAAUUUCAACUCUGGGUCACAGUGGCAUGAUCUAAAACCUUCUAAGCUGUCACCUGAGAUAAAGUCCCAAGAUAAGACCUUUACUGAGUUAAAUCCAAGUUCACAGUUUAAAGGUAUAACAUUUUCUACAUUGAUCACAGGAACAAAAAUUCAAGAUGUGGAAUCUGUGAAUGUCAAACCUGGGCCACAGCUGAGAGGUGUGAAAUCUUCUGAAUUGAUACAGGGGACAAAGCUUCAAAAAGUGAAGUCUGUGGAUUUCAAGUCAGGCCCCCAGUUGGAAGAUAUGACAUCUUCUAGGUUGAUCAUGGGUAUAAAGCUUCGAGAUGUAAAAUCUAUGAAUCUCAAGUCUGGACCACACUUGAAGGAUGGGAAAUCUUCACAGGUGAUCCCAAGGGAAAAGCUUCGAGGUGUGAAAUAUGCAGAAUUGAAAGCUAAUCCAAAGUCACAAGGUGAAGAAUCUUCUGAUAUGACCCUGGAGAGGAAGUUUUCAGGUAUGAAAGCAGGCCCACAGUUACAAGACGUGAAAUGUUCUGAGUUGAUCAUGGGUAUUAAACUUCAAGAUAAAAAAUCGGCAGGGUUUGGUUCUAGAUCACACUUGCAAGGUAAGAGAUCUUCUGAAGUGAUCCCAGGGUCAAAACUUCAACAAGUGAAACCCCCUGAGUUCAACCAUGGUCCAAAGCUACAAGGUGGGAAAUCUGAUUUAAUUCAGAUGAGGAAGCUUCAAGGUGUGAAAUCUGUGGAGUUCAACCCCGGACCACAGAGACAUGGUGGGAAAUCUGAUUUGAAUCUAGAGUACAGGCUCCAAGAUUUGAAAUCUGUUCAGUUAAAACCAAUUCUGCAGUUACAAGGUGUACCAUCUUCUGACUUAACACCAAAAACAAAGCUUCAAUGUAGAGAAUCUGUGGAGUUCCUUAUCAGACCCACAUGGCAAGACAUGAAACCUCUUGAGUUGACUCUAGCUGCAAAGACCCAAGAUGUGAAAUCUUUGGGGUUUGAGUCAGUCCCACAGUUACAAAAUAGGAAAUUGCCUACGUUGACACCAGGAUCACACCUUCAAGGCAAGAAAUCUCUGAAAUUCAGCCCUGGGGCAACGUUGCAAGGUGCAAAAUCUCCUGAGUCUGUAAAGCUUCAAAUAAUGAAAACCACAGAGGUCAACCAGGACCUAGAGCUCCAGGUCGCAAAACCCUCUGAGUUAGCCUUGGAAUCAAAGAUUUGCAAUGUGAUAUCUUCCGAGUUCAAUGCUGGGAAACAGCGGCAAGAAGAGAAGUCUUUUAAGUUGAAACCAUGGCCAGAGCUUCAAAGUGUGAAAUUUGUGGUAUACAACCCUGGACCACAUUUACAACAUAUAAAAUCUUCAGAAUUGUGCAAAGAGACAAAGCUCCAAGAUGUGAAAUCUAAGGAAUCCAAUCCUGAGCAACAGUGGCAAGAUGUUAAAUCCUCUGAGUUAUGCCAGGGAUCAAGGCUUCAAGAUAUGCCAUCCUUCAAGUUCAAUCCUGGGCCACAUACUGGACCACAAUUGAAAGGUGUAAAAUCUGAGUUGAAUUCUGGAUCAGAGCCUCGAGGUAUAAAAUCCCAGGUGUUCUGCCCUGGGCCACUUUUGCAAGAUGUGAAUUCUUCUGCAUUUAUUUCAAAACCAAAACUGCAGUGUGUAAAUUCUGUUGGAUGCAAAUCUGAGCCACCCUUGCAAGGUAUAAACCCUUCUGAAUUAACUUCAGUUUCAAAACUUCAAGGUACAAAGUCUUCUGAGUUGAGUUCAGAGAUCCCAAGGGAGACAACUAUGGUGUUCAACCUUGAUCCACAUCUGCAAGAUUUGAAAUCUGAAUUGAUUCUAGGGUCAAAGUUUCUUGCUGUAGCACCUAUGGAAUGCAGCCCUGAGCCACAGAAGAAGUGUGUAAAUUCUUCUAAGUUGAAUCCAGAGCCAAAAUUACAAUGUGAAAAUUCUAUGGGGUGCAAACCUGGGCCACCUUUGCAAGGUGUACAGUCCUUUGAAUUGACUUCAGGGACAAAAUGUCAAGAUCCAAGAUCUCAGGUGAAUCCGGGGUUCAAGAAUCAAAGUGAGACAUCUAUGGUGUUCAGUGCUGAACUACAUUUACAAGAUUUAAAAUCCGAAUUGAUUCCAGGGUCAAAGUUUCUUGCUGUACCACCUAUGGAGUGCAACCCUGGGCCACAGAUGAAGUGUGUAAAUUCUUUGGAGUUGGAUCCAGAGCCAAAAGUACAAUGUGCUAAUUCUAUGGGGUAUGAACUUGGGCCACCUUUGCAAGGUAUACGAUCUUUUGAGUUGACUUCAGGGAUUAAAUGUCAAGGUAUGGGAUCUUUUGAUUUGAAUCUGGGGUCAGAAUUUCUAGGUAUAAAAUCUCUUAUGUUUGACCCUGUGCAACAUUUACAAAAUGUGAAACGUGAAUUGAGUCCAGGGACAAAGUUUCAAGGUAUAACAUCACAAGAAUUAAACUGUGGCCCACAGCUGCAAGGUAUGAAUUCUGGGGAGUUGCCCUCACACCUCAGGCAGCACAGUGAGAGAUCUGUGAAAUCUAUGGUUUUUGAAUCAGAGCCAUGUUCUCAAGAUGUGACAUCUUUGAAGUCAAACCUACAGCUACAGCCUCCAAGUGCUAAUUCUUCAGGGUUUCCAUCAUGCCUAAGGUCACCAAGUGUUAAUUCUGAGGUCUUUGCACCAGAACUAUGUUUUCAAGAUGUGAAACCUGUGGAGUUGACACCAGGGUCCCCACAGCAAGGUAUGAAUUGCCAAGAGUUGACUUCAGGAUGGCAAGGUAUGAAAUCAACAGUGUUGGCACCAGAGCCAACUAAGAAGUUCAUACCAGAACCCAUGUUGCGUAGUGUUAAAUUUUCAAAUUUGUCUCCAGAAUCACAGCGACAAGGUGAGAAACCUUUGGAGUUUACUCCAGAAGCAAAGUUGCAAAGUAUAAAACAUGUGACAUUGUCUUCAGCAUCUUUGCAACAAGAUAUGAAAUCUGUAGAGUUACUACCGGGGUCACUGCUUCCAAGAACAAAAUCUGAGGAACUAACUCCAAAGAGGAGCUAUCAAAUCACAGACUCCUCUGAGAUAAUCCCUAGGCCAGGGCAUCAAUUUGUAGAAGUUGCAGAGAUGAACCCAACACCAAAGCCUCAAGUGCCUAAAUCUGUGAAUUUGGUGAUCCCAACACCAAAGCAUCAAGUCUCCAAGUCUGUAAAUUUGAUUUCAGUACCAAUUUAUCAUACCACAGAAAGGUUGGCAUAUCAAGGCAAUGAAACUGUAGAAAAAUCUGUGGGGUUGACCCCAAAGUCAAGAAGUAAAACCAUGGAAUCUUCAGGAGUGCCUCUAAGGCUAGAUCUUCAAGUCCCAGAAUCUGUUGAUCUGACUCAUGUGCUAAGGAAUCAAGGCUCUGAAUCCUUAGAAUUAACCUUAAAGAAAAUCCUAGAAACUCUCGAGUUGCUCUCUCAGUCAUGGCCUCAAGUUAAGGACUUGGGGGAAUCCUAUACAAGGCCAGUGCAGAAAGUUACAGGAUCUGAAGAGAUGACACCAGAGCCCAAGCAUCACACUACAGAAACUAUGGGGCUGACCCCCAAAGCAAGGUCAACAGAGAAGGAAUUCCUUGGCAUGACCCCAAAGCCAAUAAGUAAAACCACUGGAUAUACAGAGAGCGCUCCAAGGCCCUAUCCUCAAGCACUAGAAUUUGCGGAGGUGAUCUCCGAGAAAAGACUGCAAAGGGAAGAAUCAGAAGCACUGACUACAGAGUCAUUACAUCAUGUCCCAAAAUCUUCAGAGAUGACACCAAGGCUAAGAUAUCCAGUUCCUGAAUCUGUGGGUUCAACCUCUAAGCAAUGGCUUCAAAGGGAGAAAUCUUUAGAUUUGUCCCCAAGGCAAACAGGUCAAGCUACAGGACAUGCAGAAUCUGUAGAGCUCACAUCUGAGACACGGCAGCAAGAGGAUGGACCGAUGGGGCUGACACAGUCACAGAAUCAAAGUAUGAAAUAUUCACAGAUAGCUCCAGGACUACAGGGUCAAAUUACAGAGCUUAUGAGGAUUAGUCCAAAGCCGCUAGAUCAAGUCACAGGAUCUACAAAGACACAGCUUCAAGCUGCUCAACCAAUAGGAAUAACCUCAAUAGGCCCCCCAGAAGUUGUUGAAUAUGUGAAAAUGACACCUGGGCCACCACUUCAGAUUGUAAAGUCUGUAGCAUUAACACCAGGGGGGACCUCUCAAAUGGUAGACUAUGUUGAGCUGACUCCAAAAGUACAAGAUGUGAGACCUUCUGAGUUUACCUCAGGGCUAUUGUUGCAAAGUAUAAAAUCAAAGGAAUUAACCACAGAGCCAACACACCAGAUUUUGGAUAUAAGGAAGUUGACAGGCUUUCAAAUUGUAAAGACUGUGUUAAUCCCAGGGCCACCACUUCAAAUUGUAAAAUCUGAGGAAUUAGCACCACUACCCAUUCCUCAGAUUGUAGAACCAAUAGGAGUCUCCUUAGAAUCAGCUACCAAAGUAAGGGAUUGUUUGGGUUUCUUCCCAAGGCCACAUCUUCAAGAAAUGGUAGAACCUGUAGAACUAACUCUGAGGCCAAAUACCGAAGAGAAAUCUUCAGAAUCACUCUCACAGCCAGCAUUUUCUUUGGAGGAAUUGACAGUGUUCACUCAUGAACAAGGGCUUCAGGCUGGGAAAGGAAUGGGGAUAAAAAUAGGGCCUCCUCAAAUCAUGGAAUGUGAGGAUUUGAAUCUAGUACAGGUAUAUCAGAAUAGGGAAUCUGAGGAUUUUAUGUCAAGAGAGGAGUUACAAAUAGGGAAUUCUUUCUCUAGAUUUCUUCAGAACUCUUCAAACUCGCUCAUCUCAAGCUCUGUCGAAGCAUCUGAAUUAGGAAGCCUUUGUGAUCUGGAGAUGCCAGAAGUGUCAAGGGCCUUGGAUAUAAAAAACUUUGGGACAGAUAUUUUGCAGUCUGAAGAAUACUUUAUAGACCCUACUAUGAUACAAACUUCAACCCUUCCCUUGUCCCUUCACAAUCAACCCUUGGAUAAGAUAGCUAACAUUGUAGAAAUCCCACAUUUUGAGAUGCCAGGAGUGGGUGUCAUAUCUAAGAGGACUGAUAAGAAGCAGGUGGAGAAGCUAGAGAAUUCACUCCAGCGCCUAUCCCAACAUCCACUGCAAAGCUGGAGAUCACCAUCUAGGACCUUCCAGUCAGGAUCAGGAACUCAAAGAGGCCUUAACUGGUCUGUCUUGAGCAGACAACAGAAUGUCUGGGAGAAUCACUCCUGGAGACAGCGACUACCCAGAAAAUAUCUCUCCAAGAUGCUAGCGUUAGGGAAUGUCUUGGCAACCACUAUGGAAAGGAACCUUUGUUCUCAAACAUCUUUAACGGAAAGAGCCACUGCAGAUAUUUGUCAAUCUAUUCAGAAUUUAUUUGGGGUUCCUGCAGAACUGAUGGAACUUUCCAAGAGUCUGCUAGAGAAGAGUCGAAGUAUUAUUUCUCAGACUUCAGUGUCCAAAAACUACAUUCAGAGACACACUUCCUAUCAUGGUCACGAACAAAGAAUUGCCUUAAGGAUGUGGACACGUAGCUCCAUGUCCUCCAUAAUACAGCAACACUCUGGGGCUAGCGCGAAAAUAAAGAAAAGUUUGAAGCUUAGUGAUAUAUCCCAGGAAGUCAUUCAGCACAUGCCUGUUUCACGUACAGAGGGGCAGCCUCCUGCCCCAGUAAAUUUAGAGUCUUCCUUCAAUACAGUUUUCACUAGGAAAGAUUCUGUUCCAAUGGAAGAGAGUGAGAACUCACAGAGUUCACAGACAAGGAUUUUUGAGUCCCAACACUGUUUCAAGCCAAGUUAUCUUCCCCAGGCCAAGAUUGACUUGUCAGAACAGUUCCAGUUGCUACAAGAUCUGCGGCUAAAAAUGGCAGCAAAACUGUUAAGGAGUCAAAUACCCCCCAAUGUACCUCCACCUCUAACUUCAGGUCUGGUUUUAAAAUACCCUAUCUGCCUACAGUGUGGCCUAUGUGCAGGACUUAAUUGCCGUCAUAAAUUACAGGGCACUUACCUUUUUAUCUACCCACAGCUCCACCUUGUAAGCACUCCCGAAAACCACGGAGAGAUUAAGGUGGGUUUUGGCUUUAGGUUGCGAACUAGGAAAAGAUCUGAAGUCCCAAAGUACCACAGAAGAGACAGAUCCAUCACACCAAGGAGUUCUAUAUCACCAUCACUAAGGAAAGCUAAAGUCUAUACUCGAGCUUUCAAGAGUCCUACUUCUACAAUGGAUUUCCAGUCUGUAUCUUCCCAGUCUCCUGCUCCUGUACGAGUCCACAUCACGCAAAGACAGUAUAGGAGCCCUGCCCUAGCAGGAAAGACAACAAUUGGAGGGCCAGGGCACUAUGAGUUUACUCCAGUUCACUCUCUACCAGAGAGUGACUCUGAAAGCAAUCAGGAUGAAAAAUGGGCUAAAAGGAGAACCAAAAAGACCCGUAGUUCAAAAUACCCAAAGAAAAGAAUCACUACGGGAGGCAGAACACAAAACACAAAGUUCUACACAAAUGGUAGAACCACAAUACGGAGUUCUUCUCGGGAUUUACCAGCCCAGUUAAGAAGGAAGAGGAAUGGAGCAUCUCAGAAAACUACUGCCUCUUCAAAAAGAGAAUCUAAGAAAUCCUCCCAACCCAAAUUCAUUCAACAGCUUUUUCAAGGCCUAAAGCAAGCAUUCCAGAGAGCACGAGGAAUAAUGGCUUUUGCUGGGGAGAAGCCUGAGGACAGGUCAAGGCCAGACCAUUUGCGUUCAAGCAAAAUCCACCAUCCAAAACAAAAAGCCAGAGAUGAUUCCUCAUCAAGAGAUAUCAAAAGAGAUAGGAGGUCAGUUAUUAAGCUAAAGCCAACAGACAUAACCACUAAGCAGGACAUGUUAUGGGAAGAAAUACAGCAAUUCAGAUCAGCUCAUCAACCAAAAAGAGGUAUCUCUUUCCAACGUAGACAUACCCAACGACCCAAGCCCAUAGUUUCCCAAAGAAGUGCUAUUUUCAAAACCACUUCAGUCGGACAGGCUGUGGUCAUUGUUCAAAACGACAAGAGCAGCAAAGGUAAGAAAAACUCCCACAGAUGUGAAAUCUCUAGCCAGGAGUCCAAAAGCUCCAAAACAGGAACCAGAGUUCAAGCCAGAGGGAGAAAUCUACAUGGUUCACUUAAGAGAACCUCACACAGUCACCUUAAAGAGAAACUCACACCCAAGAAGCGAAACCACCAUAGCUUUGUAAGGGAGAGAACCCCAAGUAAUUCCUCGGAAAGGAGCCAUCGCAGUCCCUCUGAGAGGCGCCAUCGAAGUCGUCCUUUGAGGAGACAUCACAGUUCCUCUGAAAGGAGCCAUCGGAGUCCCUGUGAGAGGAGAUGUCGCAGUCCCUGUGAGAGGAGAUGUCGCAGUCUCUUUCAGAAAACUCAUCACAGUCCCUUGGAGGUGAGAGGACACAGCCCUUCCGAGAGAGGACAGCACAGGCCCUCUGAGAGGAGUGGUCGCAGUUCCUCAGAGAGAACUCACUGUAGUCCCUCUGAAAGAAGUGGACGCAGUCUGUGUGAGAGGAACAGACACAGUCAUUCUGAGCAGAGCCAACAGAGCCACUUUGAAAGGAGCCAGCACAGUUGGUGUGGGAAAACCCAUCUCCGUCCCUCUGCGAGAAGCCAUCACAGUCCCGCUAAGGAGAGACUCCAACACAGCGGCCCCAGGGAGAGGCUCAGACAUGGUCUGUCUGAAGACUGCAAGGGCUCCUCAAACACGUCUCCUGGGGACCACACACACAAUACUCCAAAACAGGCCAAAUUUAGAGGCCUGAAGCUAACAGAUGAGAAGAGAUUCGUCCCCAUUAUUCACUGA